AUGGAAAAGAGACACAAAUGCAAGCUCUGUUUCAGAAAUUUCUCCAAUGGCAGAGCUUUAGGCGGGCACAUGAGAUCCCACAUGAUGAAAUUCUACGACGAGGCCAAAAAACGGCGGCCGGAAAAUCAUUUCCGGCCAAUAAACUCGUUCUCGUCGACCUCAAUAUCUCAAACUUCAUUUUCAUCCUCGUCAUCAUCGGAAGGAAACGAGACGGAGUCUUGCAAUAACAAAACGGAUCGGGCCGAAAUCGGGUCGGGUCGGGGCUCGGGUCACGGCCGGUUGGAGAAAAGGUUGAAGCUUGACGAGCAGUCGUCGUCGUUGAGCUCGAUUUCCGGUACCACCCCUGAGGAGGACGUCGCCCGGUGCUUGAUCAUGCUGUCGAGGGACAGGUGGACGAGGGCACAAGUGGAAAUUCACGAUUAUGGCGGUGGGGGCUUCGCCGGUAAUUUGGAAAGUUCGGGGGUGGGUAAAGCAAAUAAGGGCAAGUCGAGGAGCGGAUACAAAUGCGAGGAGUGCGGCAGAGUGUUCAAGUCGUAUCAAGCGCUGGGCGGCCACCGGGCAAGCCACACGAAGGUCAGAGUCGAGACGCCGGAAAUUAGGAAAUCCGGCCGCCGGCCGACGGGAGUGGAGAAAUUACACCAGUGCCCUUUCUGCCACAGGAUUUUUCCGUCGGGUCAGGCGCUCGGAGGGCACAAGCGGUCGCAUUUUAUGGGGCAGGGGAGGGUUUUGGAAAAUGGUGAUAGUACGAGCCCUGAUAAGCAAAAUACCAGAAAUGGGGAUUUUCUCGAUAUAGAUCUCAACUUGCCGGCACCAGCUGAGGAAGGCGAGGGCAGCCAGGUUGCAAUUUCUGCUGUUUCUGAUUCUGAUUUAGUUUCUUGA